CCAGAACCGCCGCCGUUCGUUCCCUUCAAGGCCAAAACCCACCGCCGUCCCCGCCCAGCCUCCCUUCCCAAGUGGAUAUCCAUCUGCUUCCACCGCUCAAUUAGUUUCCCCGAUAUUCUUUCUUCGUUCCUUCUCCUCCUUUUCCCUUUUCCCUCCUCAUCUACUAUUGCUGUUGGCUGCUCCAUUGCCGCACCGUCGUUCCACUCCCCGGUAUCUCGGCCCUUUCUUACUACUAACCAACGACCCUCCCUACAUUCCUGCUUCUUCAUCCGACUUCCCGAGACAAGCGAUCGCAAUGGCCCCUGCUCCGCCCGCUAAUCUGCCUCUGCCUGAGAGACUCAAGGCUUUGGCUCAAACACUGCAAUUUGCUUGGUUCGCUGGGCAUGUGACGCUUCUCCUCUCGGUUUUCCGCUAUGUCUUGUCCUACAUUACGUUCAACUACUACUCCUCGUCGGCGCAGGUAGCUUACCGCCUUGCGUUUGUUUCCGCUGCCGCGACAUACGGAAUUGUGGUGUACAAGGGACACAUUGCCCGUGGCCGUCUCCAGGGCAGUGUUCCCAACAUUGCGCUGAAGCUGGCUGGUGAUGAAAAUGUCCAGUACCUCGGUAUGGCUUUGGUCUGGCUCUACUCGCGCCAGAUCCCGUUGGCUCUGCUUCCUUUCAGCGUCUACUCCAUCUUCCAUGUUGCGACUUACACUCGUGCCCACCUGAUUCCCACCAUUCAGGGUCCCGCCCCUGGUGCCCCGGCCUCUCCCGCUUCUCCUAGCGGUCCUAAGCCCGCCGCCAGACCUUCUCCCUUGGCCGAUACCAUUGGACGGUUCGUCAAGCAGUACUAUGACGCCAGCAUGCACCUGGUCGCACAGCUGGAGAUGUCUCUUCUCUUCCGUUUGGCCGUCGGCAUCCUCACCUUCUCCAAGGGUAGCUUUGUGCUGUUCUUCUUCUACCUGGCCUUUUUCCGCGCCAGAUACUCCCAGAGCUCCUUUGUGCAGCAGGCGGUCCGCCACUUCAUCGCGAGAGUCGAUGCUUCGGUUUCUCACCAGAGCACCCCCCCUGCGGUUCGCCAGGGUUGGGAGUCUUUCAAGGCUGCCGUGGGCCAGGCCUACGAGGCUACCGAUCUCAACCGUAUGAGCUCCGGUGCUGCGAAGAAGCCCCAAUAGAGGGCCAUCAGGAUUGGUUUAGGACGUUCAGGAUUACAACGGAAUUGGUGAACUGCCCCGUGAUUCUACGUGCAUAGGAUUUUUGGGAGCCGUUUGUUCUGGACACCGAUCAUUGAGACUGAUGUGCCAGUAAUGAAUCUCCAUGGCCAGCGAUGUCGCCCUGGCCGAGGAGCACGGCCCUUUGAUGAACAAUGAAGGUUGUGAAUAGUGGAGGCGAGACGAAGUGAGAUUUGGGAGUAGCAUCCGGGAUGGUACUUUUAAUUGCUCGGGGGAAGAACGCGGAGGAAGGUUACGUGAAAUGUCUCAGCAAGUUUUUUCUGUCCUUGAAUACGUCUCAUUGUUAUAUAUUCCAAUGCGACAGUAUAAUGUUAGUGGCUGUCGUACUCUGCC